AGCAACUGAAAUCCUUGGAUGACAUAAUCAAUCAUGCAAGCAGGGGGGUUCCUUGAAAUCUGGGGCGUCAGAAUUAAUCCACCCGCGCAGGACGGCAGCCAUGCAAAAGCCAUCGUUCAACAGCUGCCCUCCUCCCUCUUUUCCCAAAACCACGAUGCGUUCGCUGGGCGCCGCCUUCAAUCGCGCCGGCUGGCGCCGGUAUGCGCCCAUUGCCGUAGUCGCCAUAACCGCCGCCGUAGUUCUCUACACAUGGUUCGAUGUAUCGUCCAUGGUACCGUGGCGAUCGCGUCUCCCAACGCUGCAGGCUUUCCCCGUAACGCCCCUAGCCAAAGCCUGCGACAACAUCCCGCCGCCCAACCCAAACUCACCGGCCACGAACGACGCCGCUAAUGCCCCGAUCCCGAACCUCGUACACUACAUCUGGCUGCUCGCCGACCCUGCCGUCUUCUCGCUCAACUUCAAGGUCUUCGUCAGCGUCUACUCGGCCCACCUCUUCUUCCACCCCGACCGCAUCUACUUCCACACCGACGUAUCACCCGACCUCUGGGAGCGCGCCAGAACCUCGGGCGACGUCUGGACAAAGCGCGUGCUGAACAUUCCGGGGGUGACGGCCAAGUUCAUCGAGAACCCGCAGACGACCUCGCAGGGGCAAGCGAUCGACACGUUCGGGGCCAAGUCCGACUUCAUCCGCGCGUGGGCGCUGCGCGAGCACGGCGGCAUCUACCUGGACGUGGACGCAGUGCCCCUCCGCGACAUCGCACCACUGCGCAACGCGGGCUUCGCCAACGUGGUGGGCGGCGCCGUGGCGCUGCACACCCAGUACACGGGCUUCGUCAACACGGGGGUGUGGCUGUCGCGGCCGCACUCGGCGCUCGCCGAGGUCUUCGCCGAGGCCAUGGACGCCUUCUACAACGGCGUGUGGGCCGUCAGCGUCGACAUCCUCACCGACCUCGCCUACCGCCUGCACGCCCUGCCCGGCGAGGUGCUGAUCGUCCACCCGCGCGCCUUCGCGCCCACCUCGUGGGAGGCCGAGGACCAGCUGCGCCUGUUCGAAGCCCAUCCGGCCGGGAGCCACGGGAACGGCGCUGGUGGCGACGUGCAGCUGCCCAAGGAGCUGGGCAACACGUGCGCCGACGCGCUGGCCUGGCUGCGCGAGCGUGAGCAGCCCGGUGCACGCCUCGAGCCCUGGGAGAUGGACUUCUCGUCGACGUAUGUGUUGCACGCCUUUGAUGACGACUGGCACGGUGAUAUCUCGCUCGAUUACGUGCUCGCCCGCCGGAGCAACUAUGCCCGUGCGGUCUAUCCGGCUGUGUGGCAUGCUGUGAAGGAGGGGAUUAUCUCGGAGGCUGCUUGAGAUGGGUGGUAGAAGAUGCGUGAAGGGGGUGGUUUUUGGAUGUGUUUGCCAUUUUGGUUUAUAUGCAGCGGAUUUGCUUGUGAGCGGGGAGGGGAUGGCGUUAUGCAGCGUCGUUGUCGCCGGUCGGCAGUAAGAUGAGCGGGCGUGGCCGCGGGUAAUACCUAGGUACCUAGUUGACGGCUUCCGGCCCCGACGGAGUCAGUUGCAAAGCGCACGCCCCAUCUAAUUUUGCGCAAAAGGGUGUUACGUCAAAUUCGACAACGAGGACAACUGAUAUUCCACCGAGUUACGACUUUGAAGGGGUUAGGUAGAUAAACUGACCAUACCCUGAGUGCGGACACGAACAAUACUAAUUUUAGUCAUUAAUACCCUGGAUAUGUAUAGUGGAAAUUAAUUCACAAAUGGCCGGGAACCAACGAAGUGCUGAGUACAUGUAUAGACCUGGUG